ACCAAUGUUACUCAAAUAAUGUCGGCUUAUUUACUCAUAUGUCGUAUAUAAGCGGUAUGUAGCCUUAAUUAGGCAAAAUAUUCACACAAUAUUCAGUCGAAAAGUGGUCAAAAUGGGUAGGCUAGUGGUUUUAUUGUGUUUGAUAAGCGUCUGUCAUGGAAAGUUCAGUCUAUUCUUCAACGACUUAGAAAUGCCGUCUUCAAAGAAUGCGGCUUCAAAACAAGCAGUAACCACGCCCAAAGCCAAGCCAUCCAUAUUCGACCUUCCAUCCAUUUUCGAUCCUCACAAGAAGGGAGCAUCCACUCCUGAUCCCAUUUCCAAUUUCGUGUCAAACGUGUUUAAACCACCGAAACCCGAUGACAAGAUAUUUGGUUUGCCGAAUAUAUUUUCGGCUUUCUUACCUUCAACACCGCAACCAGAUAAAUCGGUCAAUGCCGUUCCUGGUUCGAAUCCUGUAGGUAAUCCUCCAUCCGCCACUGGGGUAACUCCCCCAUCUGCUGCCGGUGCUACUCCUCCCUCCGCCGCUGGGGUAACUCCCCCGUCUGCUGCUGGGGUAACUCCCCCGUCUGCCGCUGCUGCGACUACGCCAGCAGCAGGAGCUGUCACUACUCCCUGUCCUGCCGGUGCUACUACUCCCUCCGCCGCUGGCGUGACUCCUCCCUCCACCGCUGGCGUGACUACUCCCUCCGCCGCUGGCGUGACUACUCCCUCCGCCGCUGGCGUGACUCCUCCCUCCGCCGCUGGCGUGACUACUCCCUCCGCCGCUGGCGUGACUCCUCCCUCCGCCGCUGGCGUGACUACUCCCUCCGCCGCUGGCGUGACUACUCCCUCCGCCGCUGGCGUGACUCCUCCCUCCGCCGCUGGCGUGACUACUCCCUCCGCCGCUGGCGUGACUCCUCCCUCCGCCGCUGGCGUGACUACUCCCUCCGCCGCUGGCGUGACUACUCCCUCCGCCGCUGGCGUGACUCCUCCCUCCGCCGCUGGCGUGACUACUCCCUCCGUCGCCGGGGUAACUCCUCCAUCUGCCGCCGGGGUAACUCCUCCCUCUGCCGCUGGGGUAACUCCUCCCUCCGCCGCUGGGGUAACUCCUCCCUCCGCCGCUGGCGUGACUACUCCCUCCGCCGCUGGCGUGACUACUCCCUCCGCCGCUGGCGUGACUACUCCCUCCGCCGCUGAUGCGACCACGCCCGCGGCAGGUGCUGUCACUACUCCGUCUGCCGCUGGGGUAACAACCCCCCCUCCUGCCGGGGUAACAACUCCGUCUGCCCCAGGGGUAACACCCCCGUCUGCCGCAGGGGUAACUCCCCCUUCUGCAGCUGGCGUAACUCCUCCCUCCGCCUCUGAUGCGACUACACCUGCGGUAGGAGCUGUCACCACUCCCUCUGCUGCCGGUGUUACUACGCCUGCACCGGGAGCAGUUACCACACCCUCUGCCGCCGGGGUUACUCCUCCGUCCGCCGCUGAUGCGACCACGCCUGCAGUAGGUGCUGUCACUACUCCCUCCGCCGCUGGCGUGACUCCCCCGUCUGCCGCUGGCGUGACUCCCCCGUCCGCCGCUGGCGUGACUCCCCCGUCUGCCGCUGGCGUGACUCCCCCGUCCGCCGCUGGCGUGACUCCCCCGUCUGCCGCUGGCGUGACUCCCCCGUCUGCCGCUGGCGUGACUCCCCCGUCCGCCGCUGGCGUGACUCCCCCGUCUGCCGCUGGCGUGACUCCCCCGUCUGCCGCUGGCGUGACUCCCCCGUCCGCCGCUGGCGUGACUCCCCCGUCCGCCGCUGGCGUGACUCCCCCGUCUGCCGCUGGCGUGACUCCCCCGUCUGCCGCUGGCGUGACUCCCCCGUCUGCCGCUGGCGUGACUCCCCCGUCCGCCGCUGAGGUGACUCCCCCGUCUGCCGCCGGAGUAACUCCUCCUUCUCUUGCUGGCAUCACUCCACCCUCCGCCGCUGGCAUCACUCCUCCUUCCGCCGCUGGGGUAACUCCUCCUUCUCUCGCUGGCAUCACUCCUCCCUCCGCCGCUGGGGUAACUACUCCUUCUCUCGCUGGCAUCACUCCUCCCUCCGCCGCUGGGGUAACUCCUCCUUCUCUCGCUGGCAUCACUCCUCCCUCCGCCGCUGGGGUAACUCCUCCUUCUCUCGCUGGCAUCACUCCUCCCUCCGCCGCUGGGGUAACUCCUCCUUCUCUAGCUGGCAUCACUCCUCCCUCCGCCGCUGGGGUAACUCCUCCUUCUCUCGCUGGCAUCACUCCUCCCUCCGCCGCUGGGGUAACUCCUCCUUCCCUCGCUGGCAUCACUCCUCCUUCCGCUGCCGGGGUAACUCCGCCCUCCGCCCUAACUCCCCCCGCAGCACCUGGGUUAGGAAGUCCUCCAUCCGUCCCCGGAUUGCCGUCUGGCUUUCCUCAAAUACCUGGAGCUGGGGGUAUUGGAGACUUGGCGCAAGGAUUUGCAAGUAUACCUGCAGGUGCUGCGACAGCGAUGGCAGGAAAAGCAGCUGAAAUAGCAGAUACUGCAGCAGAUUUAACUGGAAAAGCAGCCAACGCCGCAGUUGGAGUAGCUGCAGACUGGGCUGGCAAAGCAUCUAAUUUAGCAGGCACAUUUUUAGGCUGAACGAAGAAUAGCCAUGACUGUAAAUUAUAUUACAUCUAAGGAGAAAUAAAAAUCAAAAUUUCA